UCUUUGUGCACGAAUUGGGCGAGGAGCAGGCGCUGUAGUAUUGAAGCCAGCGCGGCCAUGCUUUGUGUGUGUGUGUGUGUGUGUGUUUCUAUUGCAGGAAGUAGGUGUUGGAGUAGUUGCUGGAGUGGUGGUGGUGAAGAUGAGAGGAGGAGUUGUUGAUGUUGGUGGAGACGAGGCGAUGAGUUGAGUUGAGUUGAGGAUUAAAUUCGAUUUUUGGAUUUAUUUCGAUUUAUUCAUUUUACAUCCACAACUGCUCUUCACCACUUUUACAUUCUACAAUUAUCUGCUAUUGUCAUUGAUAACAGUUCUAUUCACUAUUCACUACUAUUCGCUAUUCAUUAUCACCACUCUACCAGCACCUCACAUGCCCUCAGCUACCCUCUCAGUGACGCGUCCGUCCAUCCCUUCGUCCAUCCCCAACCUCCCCCAAGUCCUCCAAACCCCCUCCGGCCUCGCCCUCGUCGAGAUCCAAGGCACUCUCCACCUCUCCACCACCUCCUCCUCCUCUUCAGACCCCCUCGGCCGCCUCGUAUUCGAGAAAUCAACCGUCUGGCUGUACAUCGGCAACCACCAGCGCAUGGAGGGCGCGGUCGUGGAUCUCAAACCUCCUGUCGGUUUGCUCAGACGGCAGAUCACGGACGACGGGAAGGGCGAGCAUGGCGCGCCGGACGGGGAGGCGGUGGAGAUUGUGGAGGUGAUUAGGAAGAAGAUUGUGUUUAGUACGCGUCCGGAGCCGUUGGUGCAGGACGUCAGUUUUAGGAGGAGUUGACGCGUUUAUGAUCUUAUUGUUUUUGGAGUUUGGAGUUUA